GGAUUCUUCUCUCUCCUCAGCCUCCUAGGAGUUUCUCAUUCUCUCUGUUCUCUAUUCCCAGCUUAAACCCGCCAUGAAGACGUUCUGGCUUCUGUUGCUGACAUCCGGCCUCCUCUCCCUGAUGGUCACAGGUGUUGACAGACAUCCUGGUACAGUUCACGUCAGGUUCAAAUGUAUACCAAAAACAGCAGCCGGUUUUGGUGACAAUUGCCCUUUCUAUGGCAGCGUGGAUAGCCUCUGUAAUAAUACGAAAUCUGUAUGCUGCAUGGUACCUGUGAGACUGAACAAUAUAUAGAGCACUGAAGCCAUAUGAAGAAAAUUUUACCACUGUUUCAAUAAAGUGAAACUUCCUCUGGAAAAUGCUUUUGUCAGAA